CCAUCUCUCCUCUCCUCUCCUCUCUCCCCAUGCCGUCUGGACACGGGCUCACACACAGCCCCCACUCCACAGGUAUUGUCAUCACAAAAGAACCCGAGUGUGCCUCUGUCCCGGCUGGCUGUCCUGUCACUCUUCAAUGCUCUGCCAUAGGGCCCACCGCACUACAGUACCAAUGGUUUGAAGGCAAGGAGGAGAUCACCGGGGCCACCCAGUCGGUGCUUGUCAUUGACGCUGAGAAGAGCGGAGUUUAUGUGUGCCGUGUGAAUGACGAACAAAACCAAUGUGUGUUCAGCAACUGGGCAAAGGUCAAAGUUCAUUUUGUCAAAUCUGGGCUACCUCAGAACUGGCAAGGAGAGCUGGUGAUUGGACUGCAGCCUGAACCCAGGAGGGUCAAAGUUGGUCAGAGAGCAUCGCUGAAGUGUGUUGCGUUUGGAAUCCCCGCUCCCUCAUACCAGUGGUACAAAAAUGGCAUGCAGUUACCUCAUCAAAACAAACGAGAAUUGACAAUAGCAGCGACGGAGAUGAGACAUCAUGGGUCGUACCUGUGUGCUGUCACCAAUAACAGAGGCCAGGAUUGCUGGAGCUCAGCAGCUGAUAUCAACGUUGUUGAAAAUAUUGGUGUCACAGUCUCGUUACCCUCGCUAAGAGUGAAGGGUUCGUGUGAAUGGAAGGCAGCUGGCAAGUCCACACCAGUCCGUUUGACCACAGCCACACAUCAAGAUGUCAGACUGAGCGCAACGGACAAGGUGGCGUUACUGAUUGGGAAUAUGAACUACGUCAACCAUCCCAGACUGGUGGCGACCAUGAUGGAUGUCUUUGAGCUGUCGAAUCUGCUGCAGCAACUGGACUUCCGGGUGGUUUCCCUGCUGGACUUGACGAAAGAGGAGAUGCAAAGUGCGGUGAAACAGUUCCUUCAACUCCUGGACAACGGUGUGUAUGCUCUCUUCUACUACGCUGGGCACGGCUACGAGAGCUCAGGGCGCAACUACAUGGUGCCGGUCAAUGCUCCCAACCCGUACAGGCCCGAGAGUUGCAUCAAUGUCCAGAAGAUCCUGUGCAGGAUGCAAGAGAAGAACACAGCCCUCAACGUGAUCCUACUGGAUAUGUGCAGGAAAUGGUAUAAUCAGGAAUACCUUCCCUCUGAUCUGCAGCCACUUGCUCCCACUGGGAAUAUUGUUUAUGGAUAUGCAACAUGUGAAGAUGCAGAAGCUUAUGAAGUGCAAGAUGGUGAACACAGUUCGGGCAUCUUCAUGAAGUAUCUUAAGAGGCAUAUUCUCAAGAAGGAAAAAGUCACCCAGAUUUUGGAGAAUGUGUCCGAGGACAUGGGGAAGGACCGGUUGAUUACUGGCAAGCAGGUGAUGGAGAUCAGACACACACUGAAGGAACGCCGCGCUCUGACAGACGAGGUCUGUGCUUCUGGAUACACGGCGCAACUCCAAGUGAGGAAUGAACGUUGGAGCCUGGCCAAUGAGCUGCCCGCGAGGAAGACCAUUCGCUUUCCCUGCGGAGUGGAGAUUGAGCUGAGCUGCAGUGCCGUUUUCUCAAAUGUGAUGACUAUCUAUGUCAACAUCAAAGCGAAACCUUCCCAGGUGUCCGAAUGCAAAGUGUCCCUGCAGAAACCAAAGGAGUUUUCAGAUAGCAUAUCAGACCUCGUUGGAGACUCAUCCCGAAUUGAUUCCCUGCUUUCCUCUCUCGAUGACAACCACCGGUCGGACACAACGUUGAAGCUGUGUGGCCUGCAUAGACUGAAGCAACCAUUGAUCCUACAGAUGACUCUUCGGUACCAAAGCUGUAAGGAAAAGCCAAAGUUGGAAGAAAUAGUAGACGUCAACUUGGGGCUCCCCCUGGUGGCACAGCUGGAGCUGUACAGGACAAUGGCGGCCACACGGGUUGAAGGGGCUAGUGGCAGCUACAACCAAGUCUCUAGUGUGGCAUCCACCAGCACAAUCACCAAGGAUGCAAGCCGGGCCUGUGGGCCACGAAAUCGGAAGGCGUCAAAUAAGCAAGAGGUCGUGCAUUCGGCACGCCAAGCAAGAAGAGCGAAUGAGCCAGAGGAAAAUGAUGAGAGGGAAAUAUCAAAGUGGAGUUCGUAGCACAAUCUCCUUGCAUUGGACUGAAGGAGCAGCUCCUAAGAGUAUAUUGAAUAUUAAAUAUUUGUAGUUAUGCAUUGGACUUUAACUUCUGGCAGAUACUUGCGAUACUGCACAUGGGGUUGCUGGCCAAUUCCUUGUCAGUUCUUGGGGUCUGCAAUUGGUGCUAGAAGUACCAUAUAAGCUUAGUCAGUCUAAGCUUUUAAUGCCCCAAUUUAUAUGAAGGUUCAUUUAGUUGCCAA